UGCUCCUUAAAAUAAUUUUAUUAUUACUACCAUUGGCUUACGAAACUACGCUUGUGCCUUCGAGACCAUUGGGAUUUAUAUAUGGAGCACAAAGCAGCAAUGUUGUCCCAGUCGAGUUUGAUGUCUACAUGGGACCUCUUUGUCCAGACAGCAAAGCUGCGUUUCAAACCGUUGUAAAACUUGCAGACCAUUACGGACCGGACAAGUUGAGAUUCCGCAUACAUCUGUUUCCUAUACCGUAUCAUAAAAAUUCUUUCCUAGUUGCUAUGGGAACCCAUGCAGUUAACAAGAUAACAAACGGAAGAAUGACAUUUAUCUGGACACAAAACAUAUACAGCCAUUUUAAAAUAUUUAAGACACUCACCAAGGACCAAGCUAUAUCGAAAAUGGUAGAGAUAGCAACGAGCAUGGGACUGUCAGCAGCUGAAUUUAAACAGAUGUUAACAAAUAGUCGAACCAGACACGACUGUCUAGUCGAAAGAGAACAUGGUUAUUCGAGGGGAAUAAAAGCAACUCCUACGUUUAUGAUAAAUGACGUAGUAGUAGCAGACGAUGACCAAGCCAACAGGUCAGAAGCUGACUGGAUUAAAAUAAUCGACCCGAUACUGUACCAAGUAUAAAAGGUACAGACAAUUAAUACGAUAUUAUAGCAGUUCACCGGAUAAUUAGUCAGAAUCGGGGUC